AACCGACCCUAAAAUCUCAUCACCCUCGCAACACGCGCAAACCUGCACCUUUCUCACAACCCUCUUUUCCUUCUCUCUCUCUCUCCAUCACUUUCUCUCUCAUCUCCGCCCAAAUGGCUCUCAAGGCCGUCCAUGUCACCGACGUCCCCUCCCUCGACCUCGUCCCGGAGAAUCCCUCUCUCGCCCUCUGCUCCACCCGCUUCCCCAACGAAGUGGAAAUGAGUCGAAGUGGGUUCAAGAUGCCAAAGUUCGUGGUCAUCGGACACAGGGGUCAUGGCAUGAACGUCUUGCAGUCUUCAGAUCGAAGAAUGAGAGCCAUCAAGGAAAAUACCAUCGUGUCCUUCAACGCUGCCGCCAACUUCCCUAUCGAUUACAUCGAAUUCGACGUUCAGGUGACGAAAGAUGACUACCCAGUCAUUUUCCACGACGACUUGAUCCUCACGGAGGAGAAUGGUACUGUGUCGGGUAAGAGAAUCACGGAGCUGAGUCUGUCUGAGUUUCUUUCCUAUGGGCCUCAAAGUGAGGCCUCAAAGGAGGGAAAGGUUUUGCUCAGAAAGAAAGAUGGGAAGGUGAUGCAGUGGGACGUUGAAAAAGAUGAUUCGCUAUGUACUCUUGAAGAAGCUUUUGUCAAGGUGGCACCCACUAUUGGUUUUAACAUUGAGUUGAAAUUCGAUGACCACAUUGUCUAUGAACAAGAUUAUCUCGUCCAUGUCCUUCAGGCCGUCUUGAAGGUUGUGUUUGACUAUGCCAAGGAUAGGCCUAUUAUCUUCUCGACAUUCCAGCCAGAUGCAGCAAUGCUUAUUCGGAAAUUGCAAAACAAUUACCCUGUGUUUUUCUUGACAAAUGGAGGAUGUGAGGUCUAUGAAGAUGUGAGGAGAAACUCAUUGGAGGAGGCUAUGAAGCUCUGUGUGGAGAAUGGAUUGGAAGGAAUUGUCUCUGAGAUUAAAGGAAUAUUUAGAAAUCCUGGAGCAGUAACCAAGAUCAAGGAAGCAAAGCUUGGUCUCCUUUCUUAUGGCAAAUUAAACAAUGUUUCAGAAGCAGUUUACGUGCAACAUUUAAUGGGAAUCGAUGGGGUAAUAGUGGAUUUGGUUCAAGAAAUAACCGAGGCAGUUGAGGAGAUGAUAAAGCCAACAAAGGGUAGUGAUGGAGGAGAGGGUUUGACUGAGGGUAGUGAGAAGGUGCAGGAGGUGAACACAAAGCCUCAAUUUUCGCAGCAGGAACUGUCCUUCCUUUUAAAGCUCAUUCCACAGUUGAUACAGAUGUAAACACAGCCAUUUUAAAUGACCUUUCAGAUAAUACUGCUAGUGUAGGAGUCCUGGUUCCUUGCGUGAAAAUUUUACAUAAAUAAUAUUUUUUAAAAGAAAAAAUACAAAAAU